UUUCGUCCCACAUCAUAGUUCAUAAUUUUCUAUUUCUGUUGCACUUAGGAUUGUCUACCAAACUUAAUAUUGCAUUUAUAACAUCAGUAAAUAAAUUCAAAUUUGGUUAUAUAAUUUAAAAUAAGAGAGAAAUUUUACAGAUUGUUGUCUACAAAUAAAGAAGCCAUGAAGAUUUUUCUUCUGUCUUUUAUACUUCUAUAUUUAACAAAAGGACAUUUUUCUGAAGAAUCGAAGUACACUAAUAAAUAUGAUGGUGUAAAUUUGGACGAGAUUCUAACAAAUGAGCGACUUCUAACAGGCUAUAUUAAAUGUUUACUGGAACAAGGUCCUUGUACUCCAGACGCCAAGGAAUUAAAAAAUAAUCUCCCAGAUGCUAUACAAAAUGAUUGCAAAAAGUGUACAAAUAGGCAACAACAAGGAGCAGAUCAGGUAAUGGGAUACAUCAUUGAUCACCGACCAGAUGAUUGGAAUAAGUUGGAAGAGAAAUAUAAAUCUGAUGGCAGUUAUAAAAGAAAAUACUUAGAGAAGAAACAAUCAGUAAAAAAUAUAAACAGUAAUGAAAAUGACGUAGAAAAUAAAAAUGGUAAUUCAAAUGAAAAAGAAGAAUAAGCACCUAACACUGAAUUUUAAACAACUUAUGGUUCGUCAGAAAAUAAAAUAACUACAAAUGUAAUAAUUAAUUAAUUUAAUUGAACCUUAAUUUUAUUUGGAUUUAAUAAUGUAACCUAACUUCUGAAAGCAAUAAAUUAAAUACAAAAAAAAAAUACAAAA